UUUAGUCUUCGGUGGUAGUCCGCGGUGGCUGGGUGGGUUGGAGGGUUCUUCUUGGAUAACAUUCUCCACCAACUUCGAGAAGUACAAGCUGCAACAGUUUAGCGAAGUUGACCGACCUUCAAAAACAACAACCUUUGCAAUUGCGGACAAGCCAGGGUCAUUUAGAACGUCAGUCAACUGACAUCCAUUUUAAUAAUAAAGCAACGAAAGAAAAUUCCUGGUCCGGAGACAAAUUUCACGACGAUUUUAUCAUCAUCGAUACCGUCUAGAUGCGAGUUAAACCUUAAUCAAUAGUUAUUGUCGAACGAUAGUGACAGUGAAACAAAGAACAAAUUACCACCAUGGCAACGAUAAUCAAAGCUUUGCUUCGAGGCUACCACUACAUGAAUGAUGAAAUAUCAGAUCCUAGAACGUCCAACUGGUUCUUAAUAGGUUCACCAUGGCCUGGUGCACUAAUUAUCUUUUCUUACCUAUAUUUCGUCCAAGUUUGUGGACCCCGAUGGAUGAUUAACAAAAAACCAUACAAUUUGUACAGUAUAAUGCAGAUAUACAAUGUCGUGCAGAUAGCACUAAGUGCGUAUUUACUUUACAAGGCACUGGAACUUGGGUGGCUAGGAUAUUACAAUUUCACAUGUGAGCCCGUCGAUUACUCAAUGAAUCCUCGAUCGCUAGAGAUCGCGUCGACCGUGUGGCUGUAUUUCAUUGUCAAAAUCAUUGACCUUCUGGAUACGGUAUUUUUUGUACUGCGAAAGAAACAAAAUCAAGUCUCGUUCCUCCAUGUAUAUCAUCACGCUGGUAUGGUCUUCGGUGGUUGGGCUGCCGUCAAGUAUCUUCCCGGUGGCCAUGUCACAUUUUUAGGCUUGAUCAAUUCCUUUGUUCACGUGGUAAUGUACACUCACUAUCUGGUAACAUCGUUGAAGAUUGGAAAACCAUGGUGGAAAAAAUACGUAACUCAACUUCAACUAGCACAGUUUAUUCUCGUACUCUAUCAUUUCGCCCAGUUGCUCUGGAUACCGGACUGCGGAUUUCCAAAAUGGCCAGCCGCCAUCUUCAUACCUCAGAAUCUCUUCAUGAUCGUUCUUUUCUCCGAUUUUUAUUAUAAAACCUAUAUCAAGAAACGACCCCACGGAUUCAAAGAGCAUAAUCAUGAAAAUGGAGUGAAAGAAUCACCCACGAACGGAAAAUCCAAAAUCCAAUAGACACAGAUGACAGAUCUCAGAUUUCUUCUUACCGUCAAAGAUAUCUAUUGUCAGCACCUUUGAAUUAUUGAGGGAGGUAACUGCGAGGAACCUUUGGUUAGAACUGUACAGUUAUCAAAAGCCUCUGACCAUCGAAACCCUGCAGUUAAUUCCUCAUUCCUAUGAAAAUCUGUAAUAGACGUAUUGUUAUUUCCAACUCAAGGACCGAUGUAUAUUUGAAACAAUUAUAACAAUAUUUUGAUAACCUAAA